UUUUCACAGGUAAGUUCAAAAACAUUCUUUUCAAAAAUAUGCUUCAAAAUAUAUAUAAUAUAUAAUUAUAUUCAUACAUGACCAAUGUUGCAGAAGUCCUGCAGUCACUCUGAUGAAGGAAUGGGAAGUUGAAAUUUAAGAUGGAAUUGGGUGAAGAUACAAAAGGCCCUGUUGAGGAUCGAAAGUAUUCAGAAUUGGUGUGUUUCCAGUAAAACUGUCUCAAGAGCAAGGGUUGGAACAUAAGGUUUUUCGGAAGGCCAGAGAAUAUAAACAACAGAGAGUUCACAGGGUUGACUGAGGGGCACAGUGUAUUAGGAGACAGUUUGUAAUCAGGCUGAGGAUGGUUCAUAAAACUGAACGAUAUGUUCAGCCCCUGCUUUGGGGAAAAACAUACAAAUCUUUUAGUGUUACAAAGAGAAACAAAACCAAUCAAUCAAUCAAAUAAUCAACCAAUCAAUCAGCAAGUCAGUCUAUCAACCAAUCAAUUCAUUACAACUUCCAUAAAAUUAACGAGUUAUUUUGAGGUGACCUAGAUAAUAGAAGUACAAGAAUGGUGGUUUGGUGGAUAAUUAUCAUGUGCUCUCUCAAUACUGAGUCUUAAUAAAAAAUGGGAGACUAUGUAUAAAAAGGGUUGUAACUCCUGCAAGGAUCACCAGCUAUAGAUGACCCUAAAAUUAAAUCUAACAGCAAAUUAUAUUAUAAUAUUAUAUUAAUUUUAUUUAAAAUCAAAUGUGUUGGAGUACAGAGCCAAAACAACAAAAAUUGUGUUACCGUCCCAAUAAUUUUGCAUCAAACCAUAUAUGCAAAUUAAAUGUAAACUAUAUGGGUCAGGCCGCAUUUUCAAGACAAAGGCCAAGGUCUUUUUAUACAGUUUCAUUCUUGCUGGACAUAGAUGGCAAAGUAGACUGACACACACUUUAUAAAAUGUUAGACAUUUCGCAAUCCUCCUUCAUAUCAAUGUUUACUCUUUUUCGCAAUCAUAUUCUGGAGCUUCAUCACGCUCGUCUUCUGGUCUUUUAUUGGCUGUACUUUGGCAUGAUAAUAGCAGCAGUCACAUGUCCUCAUUUAACCUCAGUCACUCGUCAUAGUUGCGGUCAAUGAACAGUGGUUCAGUGGUUGCAGCACACGAACGCACUCACUUAGGAAGAAAGCUGGAGUCAGAGAGAGAGAGAGAGAGCAAUGAUAGAGGAAUGGAGGUAUGUGAGAGAUACAUACUGUAUGUAACAUCCUGCCGUCACCACAAAUAUACUAUGCUUUUCCUCCACGGGGGCGGGGCCAACUAUAGCAGGCGUUUGGAGCUGUCCGUGGUCCUGCUGGGAGAGAUUAUGUAGCCUAAAGAUUAUUUUCUCAAACAUAGCUCUGACUGGCCAGUUUGCCUUAAGUCUCAGGUUUCAGCCCAAGUCAAUUUAUGGGCAUGUCAAAGGGUUGUAGGGUGUUUCACAUUAGCAAGAUACCACCACAGCUGACAAAAAAUCACAGCGCGAUGGUUCUUUAAUUAUUACAUGAAUACAUCAAUGCUUAUUCCAGAUCUUCACCUUGAUGUAGCUACAUUCACUGAAUCAAUUUUCUGAGGGCUUGAUAUUACUGGUUUGGACCGCCAAACACUGGGCGCUCUAGGACUCGGCAAGCACAGCAUUGGCAGAUGGAUAGUGCUGUGUGGGUGCAGAUGGCUUCUCUGGCCUACGGAGGAAAGAUAACUCUUUCCGCCCCGUUUCAACUGUCGGCUUCACAUUUAUUAUGCAAAUCACUAUAUUACUAUACUUACUAUACAAAUCAUAGACUCAGAAUCCAAACGAUUUAGCCUACCAUUCUACGUUAAAAUUCAAUAAAAUCAAUAAAACUAGUUGCAUAAUUUCCCAAUCAAAUUGGGGUGGAUUAAUCCGUGGUUGUUCAUAGAUGAUUUACGUUGCUUCAUAUUUUCAUAGGAUUAGCCUAUUAUCUCUCUCCCCCGCAAAUCCGUUUUUUAUAUGAAAGGCUUGAAAUCUCCCCUUAGAUCAAAAGCCUUUAACGUCCAUCCUCCUAAUGGCAGUAAAGCGCCUGUUCUCAUCCACAGCCCUUCAUGCCUCUGAUCUCUAGAGUGGGUGAGUGAGUAAUCCGGUGGUAUUUUUAGCUAUUUUCUCCCCCCCCCCCACUGCCGACUCCAUUUGUUCACUACUCUCGUCUGUUUUUGAAUUAUUGAAACACUGUCGUUUCAACGAGUAAAAUGCAAGUGUGUGAAAGCGAAUUUCAUCUAAAAGAUGCUGGCCUACAGAACGCGCACAUCAUUGCAGUCUAUGUGAGAAGCAUUUUCUGGAUAAUCUUUUUCGAUGAGACACCAACACUUCAUUCAUAUGCCGCAGUCAGCAGAGCUAAGUGCCGACUCUGGUCGCAUGGUCACGGAGUAUCAGGCCAGGUUCCUCGGCCACAGCUCUACAGCCGCGCAGAAGUUGGAAAAAGCUCCAGAGAACUGCCGGCGUCCGGAAGUGAAGAUGACUGGCAUGACAGCAUUCAGGUCAGAUAUCAUGCCGCAUGAUGUGACAAGGAGGGUCCCAAAGAUCGCUGAGGCUCACCAUGUCCCACCUGAGGGGGCUGUGAAGCAUACCAGUACGUAUGUGCAUGACUAUAAAGCAUACUCCAUCCAGCAGAAUACAGUGACCAAGACCAUAGAGUACAGUCCCCCAUCUGCUAAGAUGGACGUUCGGUCCACAUACAAAGAGGAGUUUCAAUCAAGGGCCACUCCAUUUCAGCGGCCUGUCAGGACCAACAGCGACCUGAAGCUGAGCCACAAGUCCCACAUGACCGUCCCGUACCAGGAGCACUGCUGCUCCAAGGCUGCUCCCGCUGCCGGUAAGAGCUGGAAAGUCACUCCCGCUGGGGAAAAGGCCCUGCCUUUCGAGAGCACGACCAGCUACAAGCUGCAUUAUAUCUGCCACCCACCACAGCCUAAACGGCUCAUCCAGCGGCUCGUGUACAAGCCCAGCAGCAGCCCCUUAAACUGCGUCACCACUUACAGACAUGACUACAGCUGUCUGCAGGUAGAAGUGGUCAAGCCAGUCAGAUCCAAAGCCACUUGGGAGAGUAACCCCACGCUCUGCCAGGGGUGUACCAAACUGUGGGACAAGUGUAAGACCUGGCCACUAAGGCUGACUUGUGGGCAGAGAACCGGUGACUCCUCUCCCAAGGAUGAAGUGGAGUUCAUCUCCACCACUCAUGCUGACUUUGUGGUGCAGCAGGGCCAUCCACUGCCAUCUACACACACCCCUAAGCAGGCCUGGACCACGGACAAGGUGUCCUUAGAGGCCCCCUCCGCCAAGGGGGAAAAGCGCCGGUUCUGGGAGACCAAGAAAGUUCUCCCAAUAACACAGCUGAAGGAGCCAGACAAACUUGUGGAGGUCUUGACGAACACCAUCACCUGUCCAUCCCAGGACAUGCCAAAGACCCUGGUACUCCCACUUAGCUUUCAGUCCCGGAACUGCUCCGUGCCCGGCAACAUGGCCUCUACUGCCAGUGACAUUACCAAGGAGACCCAGCCCUGCUCUGAAAGAGGGUACAGGCUUGCCCGGGGUGAAGGAAACAAACUCCAGCACACACCGUCAGCAAGGGAGAGCAGUGCAGUCCGGACAGCUGAAACCAACAGCCGUAAACCUAAAUGCAGUCAUGGCCCCAAGACGCCAACUGUCCAUUCAGCUGCCCUUACCAGACGCAAGAGGGCAAACUAGACUAUUGGUAAAGGUACUGGUAAAAUUGAGAUUUUCGCUUGAAUUGUAAAGUAAAAAUAUUUAAUAUUCAGUUCUUCUAUAGCCAAUUAUGUAUUGUCCAGGCACACUCUUGGCUGAGUUUGCAGUUACUCUGGUGCUCAGGAUGAAAAGGUUUUGCUGUACAUGCUUUCAGGAUGCCAAAGUUUUUCUUAACAUUAAAAUUUAUUUACUGUGCAAAUGGAAAGCAAUAUAUAAAUAAAUGUGCUUAAUUUCCUUCUUUUUUUUAACAAAAAAACACUGCAUUUUAAAUAUUACUUGUAUGGAAAAUUAAUCGUUUCAUUUAAGAAGAGAAUUUGUUAUAGCUCAUGUAAAAGUUUUGUAACCAAUCUUAUGCUACAUACUGUUUUUUGUAUUCAAGACAUUACUGGAUUGUUUUAUUCCAUAAUUAAAUACAAAACAAUGUGCUGACGGUGCUGCAGAAAUUCCAAGCAUAAUUUACAAGCCAAAUGGUUUAAUUUUCCCUUCAUGUAAAAUCAUCUAACAAAAGACUAAAUUAACACCAGUAUUACCGUCUCAAAGGUAAAAAAAAAAAAUAAAUAGCUCCUCAAUUUGAUGCUCUACAUAUUUAAGUACUAUAUGAGACAGGUGUGUGGGCGACUUAAAAUUGGCAAGACUUAUACUAUAUUUAUGGUUGCUUAGUAAGAACAGGUCCAUUGGUUACAUAUUGUACAUGACAACUUAGGAGGGACAUUCUAAGAUAUUGACCUUAGAAGGAAAGCUUCCAACCGAAAAGUUGACUAUAGGUUGGGCAUUUAAUACAAAAGCUUGAACACGCCCCACAGAAAUGCAAACCAAAUGUCCAGGAACUCACCAGUCAUCACAUUCAUUCAACACGGCGUUUUAUUUACCAAAAAAUACUGAAAUUCAUGAACUCUGUAAAUGAGGUAACCGGGGCCAGAAAAACAAAAGAAUGGCACAUUCUGCCAUAUUUACAUUAUAUACACAUCUUCAUACAUGGCAAAAUUUUGUUGAUCUUGUUCUAGUUUCCACAAACAUAGGAAACAAAUUUAAACUAAAACACAAGCUUUUAAUAAAACUCAACUCAUAAAAACCUUGCUGAAACCAGUUCAAUGUGAAUUUGUGUGUGCAUCGUUUUACAAAACACUCUAAGGUACAAAUUUACCAUAAUAUUCUGGUUAUAAUUUUUCAACCAUGGUGUACUUGCUGUAUUAAUAUACAGAAUUCCCUUCUAUUCAAUAUAUAAUAUCAUCCUGCAAAUCGCACUUGUAAACCUGGAAACAAAGCAAAUGGCAUGUAACAAGUCUGUGCCACUCUCAUCACAAAGGUCAAAAUAAAAAUGCAUCAAACUCAAGACGAGUCAUGUCAAUGUAAAAGCAACAUAUUCAAGAAACCUUGCCACGUUAGGCCCCAGUCACAUUAUUCAAGAUUGUCUGAAAAUAGUAAAAAAAAAAAAAAGAAGAAAAA